GCACAUAAUUAACUAGCUCACAAUUAACUUAGCUCAGCUCGCUUCUCGAACACAUAAUUAACGCACGCACAUCGCCACCCCACCCACACCCAAUCUCUACAGAUUUCUAGACAAUUAACUCACCGUCUCCUCCGAUUCCCAAGUCCCAGCCACCGAAUCUCUCUUCGAUCCCAUUUCUUCCCGAUCAUUGCCGCCGGUCGCUGCUCACCGGCGCUCUAACCCACCUAAUCUUCGUCCCCACUGCCACCCGAUUCCCAGCGCAUCCGCAAACCCGAGCCGCUGGUCCUCGCCGCCGCCGCCGCCGUCCGGAGCAAGAAAAGGCCGUAGUUUGGAGCGGCUAGAGGUGGGUGCCUACCGCCGCCGGCAGUGACGCACCCCCGUGCCUUUUCUCGGCUUCCCUCCUUAUGGCGACCGGGGAGCACCUCACACACGCGGGACGCGCGCGUGGGUGGAUAUGCGCCGGCCGGCCGCCACGGUUGUGCUCGUCCCAGUGGCGAGCGAGCGCAGGCAGGGGGCGAGCGAGACCAUGGCAGGGGGAGCGGCGGAGCUGCACCCGUCGUCCUGGUGGCUGCUGUGGACGAGCAGCGCGGGCGACGGCCGCGGCCGGCGGGAGAAGGUCCCCCGCGGUGCAGGCAAGACGGUGGCCAGCAGAUCGACGAGGGCGCCGCAACCCAAGGCCCCAUACCCUCCUCCCCUGUCGAGGAACGCCUCCUUCCGCCGGUGGUUGAGCAGGACACAAGUCGACGGCGUCCAGGACUUUGUGCGGCACCAAAUCGUCAGCAAUGAUCCUUCGGGCUGUCAGUCUCCCAGCAUCGCCAUCGUUCAGGUUGACAAAAGUACCGCCGGGCGCCCACCCCUCUGGUGGAGGUUGCCAACGUUCAGGAGACUGUGGGUGUGUCUGCACCCAAAGGAAGGUUUUCGUGCCUGGUACCUGAUGGGCACCAUCUGUCCAGCGGUGGGCACCAUCUGCCCGGUUGCUCGACCAUGGAUGCCCAGGACUUCUUUGAGCAGUGGCCACUGGGUGUACAUGAUGGACAGCAACACCAUCAAGUACGACGUCAAGGAACACUUGAAUAUGCUGCUGGUUGAGAUGUGUGAUUUCCUUUUCAAAACAUGGGCAUAUGGUCUGUAUUGCAUGAAGAAGGCCGUGUAGCAAUGCAUCAAGACGCUGCCGACUGCUUCCCCGCACUCGUGGCACCGGUGAUGUCUCGCCUCCGCACGAAGGGGGGCCGUCGGGGUGCGCCUCCAUCCACUCGCCGCCUUCAACGGUUGGGCGCGGCCGCCGGUAGAGAGAGAUCGAGCGGCGCUUGCUAUUUUGGGUUUGGGUUCCUCCGGAGCCACUCGCCCGGGUGGCACGGGAGGCAGGUGUUUCCUCACUCCUUAUCGAAAAAGGUGUUUCCUCACAAUUGACAUUUGAUUAUGCAGCUUUGUGUGUGCCCCGGCCGGUUGGUUGAUUUGAUUUGGCUCAUGAUUUUAUUAGGGAGGGAGGGAGAGUCAGGGAGAGACGACUAGUAGUAAUUAAGGAAGGUAAACAAGCAUGAAGAAAUGGCUAGUGCUGAGCAGCGGAAUCUACCAGUUUGGCUUUGUGCGCUGACCAAAUGCAUGAAUGAGUCUGUCAUUGCAGCACCUCAUUGGGCGCUCGUGGCUCGGUUUGGUUUUGAAUCCGUGAGAUGACACGCAGAUCUUGUUCAUUCACAAUUGAUCGAUCACAUAAUAUAUACAAUAUUUUGGAAGGAAGGAGAAAAGGAACGGACGGGUAUAUAUUUAGUGUGGAGCAAAAGAAAAAAGGCGAGCGAGAGAAAAUGCAUGUGCCUCUCCACUCCAGGCGAGGCGAACGUUGUCUCAGCAUAGUCAGUGUGGCGUGUGAUGCAGACACUUGGUCUUGGACAGGAUGGAUGAUCCGGCUGCAUGUAAUUAAUUAAGGUAACCGAUCCAUCUUUCUUUUGCGAUUUCUUGUUGACUCCGCGGCGAUUUCUUGGGUGCAGUUUGUUUUUGUGAGUUUC